UGUUGUCGCUGGUUCUUACACAACGCCCUCACGCGAAGAAUUCCGAGUUACGAGAUAAAGCGAAAUAAUUUCACAUUAUCGGGCACGGGUGUGCCUUAAACUCUAGGAAAACGUGGGGCCAAUUGAAUUUUGACGAAUCGCGGUGGAUUCGGCACCAUUCGAGCAUCCCAGAAGCAUCGCGGACGAGAAAAAGCUGAUAAAACUUUAUAAAUCCUGAAGUUACAUGAUUUAGUCACGCAAAGAUGACAACUAACGUGGCAACUAUAAAACUGGAAGGAGGUCAGGAGUCCGUAACGGAAAUUCAGACCUACCUUGAGACUUUUAACAAAGAAAUUGAAGGUGGUCAGGGAGAACAGUUUCAACAUGUUCAGCUGCAACAAGUCGAAGGUCUUUCGGGUGGCGAAGAAGGUGGAACCUACUUUGUUGAUCAGUCAGGACAGUAUUACUAUCAAGCCAGCGGUGAAGAUGCGCCUGUUAUGACCCAAGUCCAAAUACAGGAAGUCGAAGAUCCAGAUGGCCAGACCGAAGGAGAGACUGCACAAGAUGAUCAGUAUCAAGAGAUCGAGGAGCUUGAUCAAGUUGAAACAGAAGAUGAUGGUCAAACUGGGAAUGGUACAGGCAAUCAAGUUGUAAUCAAUUCCGGAGAUGCGUAUCAGACAGUGACAAUUGUUCCUUCGGACACUAAUCCUGGUGAAGUGAGUUAUGUACUUAUAGUACAACAACCCGAAGGGGAGGAGAAGCCGAAGAGAAUUAAGAGCAGUGGCGAAGGAGGCGAGGGUGAAGAAGGAGAUGGGGAACAAGACCUCACAGUUUAUGAUUUCGAGGAUAACGAGGAUAAUGAAGUUGCCGUGGAGUCCGAGGCAGAGGAUGAUAAGACCAAAAUCAUCAAGUACAUCCCCAGAAAGUCGCAAACUGUGACUCAGGCUCACAUGUGUAACUACUGCAACUACACUAGUCCUAAACGGUACCUGUUGUCGCGUCAUAUGAAGUCCCAUUCUGAGGAAAGACCUCACAAAUGUAGCGUAUGUGAGAGAGGUUUUAAGACUUUGGCUUCGCUUCAAAAUCAUGUGAAUACUCAUACAGGGACGAAACCUCAUCAUUGCAAGUUCUGCGACAGUGCAUUUACUACUUCCGGUGAACUGGUGCGACAUACGCGAUAUAAGCACACCAACGAUAAGCCGCACAAGUGCACGAUUUGUCAUUAUGCUAGUGUCGAGAAGAACAAGUUGCGCAGUCACAUGCGCAUUCACACGGGAGAACGUCCUUACGAGUGUCCACAUUGCACCUAUGCGAGUCCCGAUACUUUCAAAUUGAAGCGGCACUUGCGAAUCCAUACGGGUGAAAAACCCUACGAGUGCGACAUCUGCCAGGCGAGAUUCACUCAGUCCAACAGCUUGAAGGCCCAUAAGUUGGUCCACAAUGUUGGAGACAAACCUGUAUUCCAGUGUGAGCUUUGCCCGACAACAUGUGGUAGAAAAACAGAUCUCAGAAUUCAUGUGCAGAAAUUACACACUUCAGAUAAACCGCUGAAGUGUAAACGCUGCGGAAAAACAUUCCCUGACAGGUACAGUUAUAAACUUCACAGUAAAACGCACGAGGGAGAAAAGUGUUACAAAUGUGACCUCUGCCCUUAUGCUUCAAUAUCUGCGCGCCAUCUCGAAAGCCAUAUGCUCAUCCACACGGAUCAAAAGCCAUACCAGUGCGAUAGUUGUUAUCAGUCCUUCAGGCAAAAACAACUUUUGAAGCGGCACUGCAAUCUCUACCACAAUCCUUCUUAUGUUCCUCCGCCGCCUCAGGAGAAAACGCAUCAAUGCCCAGAAUGCGAGAGACCAUUCAGACAUAAAGGUAAUCUUAUUCGUCACAUGGCUGUUCACGAUCCAGAAUCGUCUUUGCAAGAAAAGCAGCAAGCCUUGAAAAUGGGCAGGCAAAAGAAAAUCCAAAUCAUUGAUGGUCAAAGAGUCGAAGUCAUGACAGGUGAUUUAGCUUCUAAACUUAAAGGUUACGACGACGACGACGACGAAGAGGAAGAAGACGAAGAGGAAGAGGAGGAGGAUGAUGACAUGAUGGCUGUCGAAGGAAGUGAUGGUCAGCAGUACGUUGUGCUCGAAGUCAUCCAACUCGCUGACAAUCAGGGAUCAGAUCAGGGGCAAAUGGCCGUAGUCGCUAAUGAGGAUGGAGAUAUAGUGAUGCAGGAUCCUCUGGGUCAAGAAAACAGUAUGGUUUCUGAAGUUGGAGAGGAGUUGGAAGAAGGAGAGGAGGAUGAGACUUCUAUGGACGGAUUGAAGCUGCAAGGCACAAUUACCAAAAACAAAUCCGGUUCGCAGACAUCGCAACGCGAUCCGAAACUGCGUAAGGAAAUGGAAACCUGCUUUGGUUUUGACGAGGAAGAGGAAGAAGAGGACGAGGGUAGCAGCGAAAUGCGAUUGCUGGAUACGAUUUCGUAAUGCCCAUCACAGUGAAUAAAGUAUGUACUCUGUAGUUAAGAAUAUUUCUUCUCACCCAGUAUCAAUGUAUAAAUACUAUAAACGGUGACAUUGCGAGAGACUUGAAAUUGUGUACAUUGUAGGCACUAUUAUAAUAAUUUAUGGGCGUAAAAUGUUAGUUCAAAGUUUUAAGAAAUGUAAAUCGAGAGCAGUGAGAGUUAUUACGUUUUGAAUAAUAAUAUAGCUGACUCUCAGUAUUGGAUGCAUAAAAACGCGGGUGUAUUUUACUGGAAAUACAGGGGUUACUUCAGAAAAAGGAUAUUGUUCCUUUUUCCUUUGGAGUUUAAGAGAAGAAAAAUGACAGCUUGGGAGGUAGCUCCUACUUGAGAAUGAAUGAAAGCCUAAAGUCUUAUUUAGGCUGGAUGUAAAUAGAAUGAUCUUUUUAUUACUCUUUCUUUGUCAGAAUAUGUAGCAAUAUAUUACGAAGUUUCUAUGUAGUUAUUAGAUUGUGCGUAAUCGAUUGAGGUGAACUAAGAUAUCAUCAAUCCAGGUUUGUCACAUCGGACAAACUGUGAAAUAUUCUGAGAAAAUUGUAGCUCUAUUCAUUUUCGAGGAAAAGUUUUCUUACGGUUUUAUGUGCGCGUCGUAAAUCUGAUGUAUGAAUCGAAUGUAUGGGGAAUCAAACUGUGAAAUUAAAUUGUGAAAUUAAAUAUGUACGAAUAUAAUCGUUCGCGGACAUCACAUUUUAUUUGAAUAUUCAAAUAAGGCGUGAACUACCAUUUCUUACCGUUUUAGUAGCGUGGAUGUAACGCUUUUUAACAAUGAAAUCCAAGAUUUGAAAAAUUAUGCUAGGUAUCAGGAAAAAUGUAAGACUUUUUUUUUAAUGGAUAUAGUUUAAAAUAGAUCUUCGUUUUUCCUUUGAUAUAAAUAAUUGAAUUGAGUGUUCUUAAUUGAUACACAGCAAAGGAAAUAACGUAUUAUUAAAGUUACAUUUUGUAUUUUUCCUGCCUCUAUUUUGGUGGCAGCUUCGAAUAUUUCCAUUCGUCGAUUUAACUUUGUAACUGCAUCCCGAAUAAACUUCGAUUUACUGAACUGGAAAUUUAUUAUGGACAAAUGGCACAAGUUCCAUUUAAAUAAUAUUAGACGAAUUAUUUUCAAAUUUGAAUUUUGUUAUUAGUGCAUCGGCUUACGAUAUUAGCACGAUCGUAGUUUUGGUAAAAUUCUCUCAACUGAAUCUGUAUCGUUUCUUUGCAAUUUUGUUCUAUGAGGUACUAUUCACAAAUGUAUGCACAUCUGCGUCCAGUAUUUACGCGAAGUUAAACCUUCGAUAAGACGGCGGCUUAUGGACGUGUAAAAAGCGUGUACAAUUUUUUACAUUUCGAUUGUAAAAUUGUAAUUUAUGUAGAGAUCAAAAAUCCAGUAGUCCAUCGCGUGCUGUUUAAAUGGAUGCACUUUCACUUUCCAAAGAACAAGAAAAAGUCAGUGUAACAUUUUAUCUGUAAUAAAUAUUAAUUCAUCAAAA